AUGGCAGUGACACGACUGAAAAAGUCUCUUGCACCCGUUGCUUUCCUCUUCACCUUCGCAAGUCUGACAGCAGCAGACGCAGACCUCCUCCAACCUCGCAAACCCGGCCUCCCCAGCCUGCCGACCAUCUCUUUCCCGCCUGGCUUCCCGUUUAAUCUGCCGAGCCCAACGAAAAAGUCAAUACCGUACGAUGCCAUUCCUAGGCCUAGCUCGACUUCGUCGCCUUCGUCGUGUACGGAUUCGGAGACCUCAACGCCGGGUCUCGUAUACACCGCACCGGGAUCGGGAAGCAGCAAGCCACCACUCACAGUUCUCGUUCCCACACAGCCGUUUCCAUCAGUUCCAGUGCCUUCCUCUCUGAAUUCCAUCAUUCUGAUAUCGACUGGAGGUCUGGGACUGCCGCUUUCGAGCUUUGCCGUACCGAGCAUUGCUCUACCAGCCUCGACCUCGGUGUUUCCUAGCCCGGUGAGCUGCGAGGGUAGGUAUCAGGCAGGAAUGUUCAAGACAAUCGUUACGCAUGUCAGCUACGUGUUGGUCAGUUAUUACAGCACGGUGCUGAGCGAGGAGACCCUGUUUGCGGGGGUGUGCUCGGCGUCUACAAGCUCGAGUGGCAGCGCCCCGGUCUCAGUUCCGAUCACGUUCUCCCCGUCAUCCAAACUAGCAUCAAGUGAUACUCUUUCCUCCGAUUUCAUUCCAAGCAGUAUUUUCGUGUCGCAGAGUCCGAGUAGUUCACGAUUUCCUACGGCAUCUAGCGCUCUUGGUCCAUCGUCGCUAGUGGCUGUACCUGGUACGAGUUCCACGUCUGGUCCAAACCAAGCUUGUGGAACCACGACAGGUGCUUAUACAAUCACUUACUCCGAGCUAUUGCCACAGCCUACAGGAGAAGUAGAGCCAGACUUCAGGAAGGUUGUUGUCUACGGAGUACAUUUCCCGGUAGAUGAUGCAGCAGCGGACGACAGGCCCUCUGCUGAGGAUCAAUGCCAGCAUUUUUGUGACGGCGAGCCUCGCUGUGUGGCAAGCUGGUACGUCGGAUACUUGUUUGGCACAACGUUAGCCAUCACGGACUUCACGACCAGGUUUUCAACGGCCACGAUCGUCAGCGGUGCGGCGUUCAAUGGCAAGUGUACCAGUGCAACGCUUAGCACUGCUCAGAUCGCACCCACGACUUUCGCAACAUCUUCGCAGAGACUACCCAUUUCUAGCUCAGGAAGCUCCCUCUUCCCUGCUCAGACGAGCGGCCUGUCGAGCUUCAGUGAGAUCUUGCCGACUUGUACUCGCGCACCACAAGCUACGACGGAUACUUACACACUGACAUCAUUCGCCGAGGUGAAACCUACCGGGACGGGCACAAAUUUUCUCGUCAACGCCCAGAUUGUCAACAAGAACCUAGUGUCCUAUCUGACCAUCGAUCGCCCCGCCGCCGACCGUCCCGCCGCCGAAAACGACUGCAGCAACUUCUGCAUCGCAACUCCCGGAUGUCUGAGUCUGUUCCUAGGAUUUGGCCCAUACGUGCGCUCGAAUGAUAAGUGGACGUGCUACGCCCUGCGGGUCUUGAUCGCGCCCGACUCGUGGCUGGAUAGUCCCAAAGCGCAGCUUUCCCUCGCGGCGGGCUUCGCGAGGAUAUGCCCGACGUCGAGUUCUUUGGUCGUGCCGAUGCCGAGCUCGGGUCUUGGUGGCAGUAGCUCGAUCUAG